UCUGGAAGCUCAAUAUGGAUGCUUCUUGGAACGUUUCGCUCGAUCGUGGUUCAUUACUCCGCUGGUUCAUCGAUCUGCGCUGCCUCAAAAGAGCUCAAGAAAGCUUGGUCGAUUCAUGCUCUUGAAGCUGCUGUGAUUCUUGAGAGGUUAUCCUCCAUUGUUGAUAAUUUCAACGCUCACACGAUACCUAUUGUGAUUGAAUCGGAUUCCUCAAAGAUCAUUAAUCUCCUGAAUGAGGGAUUGCCAGUUGGAGACUCCGUUGCGGUGGUCGGUUACCAGUUCGAGGUCGAUUCCGCCGUUCUGAACUUCUGUUUCGCCGUCGCCACCAUCGUUCUCGUCCUACCAGUGAUACCGAGCGGGCCGGGUUUGGGCUAUUUUAUUGGGCCCAAAAGACCAUGGGCUUUAAGAGAAAGUGGGCUGAAGUAGAGGCCUAGAUGUCGCGUG